GGCCAUUUCGUAUAUAUUGCCGCGUCAGUCGUAGUUUCCAUGUCGGCUUCUUGUUGAACGAAGCCCUCCCGGAAUUGAAAUUUCAUAAAAUUCAAUUUCGUUAAAGAAUAUGGCGGCCAACCAGGCUCUUGUGGCUAAACUGUAUCGUGGCGUGAUCGAAGACGUUAUAAGUGGGGUACGAGAAGCUUUCCUAGAUGAGGGAAUCGAUGAAGCUGUACUUCUAGAAUUGAAGCAGAAUUGGGAAAACAAAUUGCAAUCGAGCAAAGCCAUUGAUCCUGUGACCGAUCCUGCUGAAGCAUCCCUUCAGAACAAACUACAGCAAAGGUCUUCUUUGCCUACCAAAACAGGUCAGCAGACUAGUUCUGCAGCCAAUACUACCAAUGCUCCAGCUCAGCCUGCUGCAUCUUCUCAAGCCAAGCAACCAGCAACCACCCCAUCUCCUGCAGCUCCAGCUGCUGCAGGAGGAGCAACAGCAGCAGCUGCAAGUACACCAGCGGUGAGGAUGGUUCCGGUACAAAUUACAGUCCCCCCUCAACCAGGAGUAACAGGUCACACAGCAGCCAAAAGUAUCACCGUCCAUGUUCCCGCCCAUGCUCUUCAAGGUGGCGCGGCUGGAGCACAGCUGCAAACGAUCCUGAGUUCACCGGCUGUGACGGCGGCCCUCUCUCUUCCUGUCGAAAUGGCGACGACAGUUUUGCAGCAACACAUCAAUACUGCGCUGCAGACAACAGCUGGCCGCAGCCAAUCUAGGGCUGACAAUGGAGGAGUAACACAGCUAGACGGACCCGGAGAUUCUUCAGACGAUGAAGACGACGUUGAUGAUGAUGAUGAUGACGACGUAGAAGAAGAGGACGAUCAUGACGACGAGGAGCUUGAUGCGGACAAUGACGAAAACGCAGACGAGGAGCCAUUGAACUCCGAAGAUGAUGUGACGGAUGACGACCCAUCCGUCCUGUUUGAAACUGACAACGUUGUCGUUUGUCAGUACGAUAAGAUCACCAGGAGCCGAAACAGGUGGAAGUUUCACCUCAAGGAUGGCAUCAUGAACAUCAACGGUCGUGAUUAUGUUUUCCAAAAGGCCAAUGGCGAUGCUGAGUGGUGAAAUAAUUUUGGAAUUGAAUUCCAACAGUGGAUGAUGGGGAGAAUAUGGUCAAAUAAAACAAACAAAAAUUGGA